AGUGCAGACACUCAUUCAGUCUCUCUCUCUCUCCCUCUCUUCACCAGCGGACUUCACUCGGUCCCUCCGCUGCGCCUGGAGCUUCAAAGCUAAGAGCCGCUAACCCAUGCGGAGAUGAGAUACUACCAACACUAGUGGGGUUUCGGUCAGCCUACAGUUCUUCUCAGCAGAAGGGUCAUUUCGUUUAGGAAAGAAGGCGAAAGGGAGAGAAAGCGGGAAAUAAUUAAAACCGUUUCUUCUGCUGUCUGUUGAGGAGAGUAGAUGAGUCAAUGGCCGGAGCUCAGCCAGGAGUUCACGCGCUGCAGCUCAAGCCCGUGUUUGUGAGCGAGAGCCUGAAAAAGGGCAACAAAUUUAUGAAAUGGGAUGAUGACUCUACUACGGUGACCCCUGUGACCUUACAAGUCGACCCCCAGGGCUACUUCCUGUACUGGACUGACCAGAACAAGGACACUGAUCUCCUGGACAUUGCCUACAUCAAGGACGCCAGGAAUGGAAAAUGCACAAAAACGCCAAAGGACAUGAAGCUGCGAGAGCUUCUGGACGUGAGCACCCUGGUGGGGAAGAUGGAGAACAGGAUGCUCACGGUGGUGAGCGGACCAGACAUGGUCAACAUCACAUAUCUCAACUUCAUGGCCUUCCAGGAGGAGAUCGCCAAGGAGUGGGCAGAAGAGUUGUUUGGCCUGGCGUCUAACCUACUGGCCCAGAACAUGUCCAGAGAAGCAUGCCUGGAGAAAGCAUACACACGACUGAAGCUACAGCUCAACUCUGAGGGAUGCAUCCCUGUCAAGAAUAUCUUCAGGAUGUUCUCAGCAGACAGGAAACGAGUAGAGACAGCUCUGGAGAACUGCAACCUCCCUUCUGGACGGAGUGAUUGUAUCCCACAAGAAGACUUCACUCCAGAGCUCUACAAAGUGUUCCUCACCAACAUCUGUCCUCGACCAGAACUAGAUAAUAUCUUCUCUGAAAUUGGAGCUAAAAGCAAACCCUACCUGACAGUGGAGCAGCUGACUGACUUUAUAAACUUCCGACAGAGAGACCCUCGUCUCAACGAGAUCCUCUACCCUCCUCUCAAACCUGAACAGGUUCAGAGCAUGCUGGACAAGUAUGAACUCAAUGAAAUGCUGGUGCAGAAAGGUCAGAUCUCGGUGGACGGCUUUGCCAAGUACCUGAUUAGUGAAGAGAACAGCAUCAUCCCCCCAGAGAAGCUGGACCAGAGUGAAGACAUGACCCUACCACUGCCUCAUUACUUCAUCAACUCCUCCCACAACACAUACCUCACAGCGGGCCAGCUGGCAGGUAACUCGUCAGUAGAGAUGUACCGGCAGGUCCUCCUGUCAGGUUGUCGCUGUAUCGAGCUGGACUGCUGGAAGGGACGCACCACCGAAGAAGAACCUGUCAUCACACACGGAUUCACCAUGACAACUGAAAUCGCCUUCAAGGAAGUGAUUGAGGCCAUAGCAGGGUGUGCCUUCAAGACCUCCCCUUUCCCUGUCAUCCUUUCCUUUGAGAACCACGUGGACUCGCCCAAGCAGCAGGCCAAGAUGGCGGAGUACUGCAGGUCAAUAUUUGGAGACAUGUUACUGACCGACCCUCUGGAGAAGUACCCUUUGGAGACAGGGGUGCCCCUGCCCAGUCCAAUGGAUCUGAUGGGAAAGAUUCUGGUGAAGAACAAGAAGAAACACAUCAAGACAUCGAGUACCAAGAAGAAACUGUCAGAACAGGCCUCCAAUGCCUACAGUGACUCAUCUAGUGUGCAUGAGCCCUCUUCUCCCAGCGCAGGGUCGACCAACCAGGAGAUGACCGAGUCCUCCCAGCCAAUAGAGGUCGCUGGGCUCAGCCUCAGAUCACAGGGAAGGAAGUCCAUCGGUGAAGUUGAGGCAGAGAGUGACGAUGAGGAUGAUGAUGACGAUGACUGUAAAAAGGGGUCCAUGGAUGAGGGUACAGCGGGCAGCGAGGCGUUUGCCACAGAGGAGAUGUCCAACCUGGUCAGUUAUGUCCAGCCAGUCAAAUUUAACUCCUUCGAGGCCUCCAAAAAGAUCAAUCGGAGCUAUCAGAUGUCAUCGUUUGUGGAGACCAAAGCCUUGGAGCAGCUCACCAAGUCACCUGUGGAGUUUGUUGAGUAUAACAAGCUGCAGCUGAGUCGUAUCUACCCUAAAGGCACCAGAGUAGACUCCUCCAACUAUAACCCUCAGCUCUUCUGGAAUGCAGGCUGUCAACUGGUGGCCCUGAACUUCCAGACCAUAGACCUGUCCAUGAUGUUGAACCUGGGUAUGUAUGAGUACAAUGGAAAGUGUGGUUACAGGCUGAAACCAGAGUUCAUGAGACGACCAGACAAACACUUUGAUCCCUUCGCUGAGAGCACUGUGGAUGGCAUCGUAGCCAACACAUUUUCUGUUAAGAUCAUCUCAGGCCAGUUCCUGACCGAUAAGAAGGUGGGGACGUAUGUGGAGAUAGACAUGUUUGGUCUGCCGGUGGACACCAGAAGGAAAGGUUUUAAGACCAAGACGUCUCAGGGCAACGCUGUCAACCCUGUCUGGGAGGAGGAGGCCUUUGUCCUCAAGAAGGUGGUACUGCCCACUCUGGCCUCGAUGAGGAUAUCUGUGUUUGAAGAUGGAGGGAAGUUCAUUGGCCAUCGCAUCAUUCCUGUGAAUGCCAUCCGCCCAGGUUAUCGCUACAUUGGUCUGAGGAAUGAGAAGAACCAGGCUCUGACCCUCCCUGCUUUGUUUGUCUAUGUAGAGGUCAAGGACUAUGUCCCUGAUACAUUUGCAGAUGUCAUCGAGGCAUUGUCCAAUCCCAUCCGUUACGUCAACCUGAAGGAGCAGAGAGCCAAUCAACUGGCAGCACUCACUUUGGAGGAGGGGGCAGAGGAGGAGGACAGCAAGGAGGUGGAGGCGGCUGGUGAUGACCCAAUGGAGCCUGACCCCCGGGUGACCUUGCCAGCAGAGAACGGGGUCAGCCACACCCCCAUCAUCUCCUCCAAACCCCCCAGCCUGGUCAGCCAGCAGCCACAGCCCACAGGUUCAGUGAAAACUGCAGUGAAGACUGAGGAUGUCAUUCAGAGUGUUCUCACAGAGAUGGAGGCCCAGACAGUAGAGGAGUUGAAGCAGCACAAGGGCUUUGUGAGGGAGCAGAGGAAGCAGUAUAAAGAGAUGAAGGAGUUGGUAAGGAAACACCACCGUAAGACCAGCGAGCUGAUCAAGGAGCACACGGCCAAGGCUGCAGAGCUGCAGAACCAGCACCAGCGCAGGACCUCCGUGCUGCAGAAGAGCCACAAACGUGAUGGUAAGAAAAGCAGGUCGGAACAGUCCCUGUCGACCCUGGAGCAGGAGCUGUGUGUGUUGGACCAGGAGUCCAGUCAGAGACUGUCUGAGCUGAAGGAGAAGCAGCAACAACAGCUACUCACACUGAGACAGGAGCAGUAUUACAGUGAGAAGUACCAGAAGAAAGAACACAAUAAAACGCUGUUGGAGAAGUUGACAACCAUAGCCGAGGAGUGUCAGAGUGCCCAGCUGAAGAAGAUCAGAGACAUCUGUGACAAGGAAAAGAAAGACAUGAAGAAGAAGAUGGACAAGAAAAGACAGGAGAAGAUUAAUGAAGCAAAGGCCAACAACAAGAACGUGACAGAGGAAGAGAAGCUGGAAAUCAACAGGUCAUUUGUCAAUGAGGUGGUGCAGUAUAUCAAACGGUUGGAGGAUGCUCAGAGUAAGAGAAUGGAGAGACUACUGGAGAAGCACAAGGACAUCAGACAGCAGAUUUUGGAUGAGAAACCUAAGCUGCAGAGUGAGCUGGACCAGGAGUACCAGGACAAGUUCAGACGGUUGCCUCUAGAGAUCCAGGAGUUCGUCCAUUACAGCAGCAAGGCCAAGCUUAGCGAAGACAGUCCCCAUGGCAACCUGUCUGUCUCCUCGACGACCGAGAGGGUCAACCACAAGUCACAGUCGGAGGACGAUACAGAAGACUCGUCGGAAAGAGUGUUUGACACGCCCCUUUAGGACAAAUCUGAAAUGCCACCCUAUUCCCUACUGUCUAUAGUGCACUACUUUUGGCCAGAGUCUCAUAUAAGAGUAGUGCACUAUAGGCUGCCAUUUCAGACACAUCCAAAGUGUGAUAUUAGAGUAGUGCACUAUAGGCUGCCAUUUCAGACACAUCCAAAGUGUGAUAUUAGAGUAGUGCACUAUAGGCUGCCAUUUCAGACACAUCCAGAGUGUGAUAUUAGAGUAGUGCACUAUAGGCUGCCAUUUCAGACACAUCCAGAGUGUGAUAUUAGAGUAGUGCACUGUAGGCUGCCAUUUCAGACACAUCCAGAGUGUGAUAUUAGAGUAGUGCACUAUAGGCUGCCAUUUCAGACACAUCCAGAGUCUUUGAGACACCCCUCUAGAGACUAAACCACUCUCCUUCCUUUGAAUUGGACAGUUCUGGUUGGUUGUUCUGGCUCGAGGUGAAAAUUGCCACUCCAAGCACAGAUCUAGGAACAGAUUACCCUGCGCUCAAUCCUAACUUUAACCAGUAGGGGUUCAAACAAUGUCUGACCCUGGACCAGUAGUAGGGAGUACCUACUCUGUAGUUCUAUUCAGAUAUGUAAAUACUUGUUUUGUAUUUGUGUGUUUUGUUGUUUUCCCCUGGAGCGGUGUGGAUCUUUCAGUACAGGAUAUGGGUAUUUUUGACUAGGCACUAACUAUGCGCAGAAACAAAGUUACUUACUUGAACUAUUGCACAGGUAGAAUACUUUCUUUUUUUAUGUUUUUAAUAUGUUCCUACUUUUUAAACAAGAAAAAGUAUUAGGUGUUAGAUUAGGUUCUCACAAUGUUGACCAAGUGCAGGUCGGUCAGUGGUGCCAAUGUUUUGAUUUCACUGUGCACUUAGAUGGUAAUUAAUAGUAUCAUUAUGACAUUGGCACUGCAAUGUGAAGUGUUUGCACUUCACAUUGUCCCAAGUAAAGUAAAGGCAUGGUAAAUUGAACUUCUUGUCCAAACACUGUGGACACAAUCUUUAUUUCAAAUGAAGAAUCCCUCCUCAUGUAUAUUUUGCACUGAAGGCUUUCUACAGAACUAACUCUUCUAUUCUCUUCUAACCCCCAAGCACUGAAGGCUUUCUACAGAACUAACUCUUCUAUUCUCUUCUAACCCCCAAGCACUGAAGGCUUUCUACAGAACUAACUCUUCUAUUCUCUUCUAACCCCCAAGCACUGAAGGCUUUCUACAGAACUAACUCUUCUAUUCUCUUCUAACCCCCAAGCACUGAAGGCUUUUUGGUUUUAUUUUGUCCUUUCAGAAGUAGGUCUACUCUAUACUGUUUUUAUCCUGUUUUGACCUGGCCAAGACGUACUUAUUUUCUAGAUUUCUUUUUUCAUUUAAAAACAUAUUUUUGACACAUUAGGUUCUAUAUUGUUAAAUUGUUUAUGGUUAAUCCUGCCAGGGAGGGGUGGAGGGUGGGGAGGGGCUGAGGGAUGGAAGGAGGGUCAUGAGGAUAAAGGGAUUGAAGAAAGAGUAAAUCAUGUAUCUGUAUGUUCUUUACCAAUUGUACAUGCUAGCAGAAAAUACAUAACAUAAAUGUAAAAUUAACUCAAACUGAAACUGCAAAAAUGUUACUAUGGAUGAGAUGACAUUGUUUGUACAGUACAAGUGAUAAACUACAGGUGUUGAUAUGAGAUGAAAAGCAACAUGACUAUAUCACUGCCCCUUACCAAUGACUGAAAUUGUAAACACACACACACACACACACACACACACACACACACACACACACACACUUGACCCAUUAACAGAAGACACUAAAAUGAUGUCCCAGUUCUUUCACCUGUUGGAGCGGUUACUACAUUACAUUUAGAACCUACACACAGUUUUGUGAUCACACGUCUACAGGUAUACAUGUCCCAACUGUUUAUUCAAUGGUUUUACUCCUUCUUUGGCAAGUAAUUACUGCCUAAGACAGCCACCACAGAUAAAGUUUGCAACAUGGGAGUGGUAGAUUUUAAUUUCUAAAUCAAACCAUUGAAGGUAAUUUCAUGUCUGUGUAAAAUAUUGAGAUCACCACCCUUUACGGGAUCUUGAACACUAUUGGUCCAUACCUCUUUUGAUAUGUGACAUCAUACUUAACUAAACUGUCAAUCAAAGACCCAUAUGAUUUUUUUUUUUGUUUCCAAUCUGUACAGUACCAUACAUACACCACAUGUAUCAUGUCUGAUAUUGGAAAACUUAUUUUAAUUGAUUAAAGGUCCAAUGCAGCCGUUUUUAUCUCAAUAUCAAAUCCAUUCUGGGUAACAAUUAAAUAUCUUACUGUAAUUGUUUUUAAUAAAAAUUGGCAAAAAGAAACAAAAAUGUAUUAUUAGCAAAGAGUAAUUUCUCAAGCAAGAAUUUUGCUCGGACCUUCUGGGAGUGGUCUGAAUGGGGAGGGGAAAACUGAAAACUAGCUGUUAUUGGCAGAGAACUCUUUCUUAUUGGUCUAUUAACUAAUUUAACGCCUGGUGAUGCCACCAGGCAGGCCGAAACUCCAUCCCACUAAAACAGACUGAAAUAUUUAUUUUUUCAAACGGCUCUUUAGUGCUGAGCGAUUAACCAACAUUUUAUUUUUGGUUAUUAAACAACUGAUUGACCAAAGUGGGGUCAAUUACUUGAACUGUAUUUAGUACAUUUUUGUGACCCCAACGUGCCGUUUCUCUAGAGAGAAAUCAAAUCAUUCACGAGAGAAAUCUGAGAAAUCAAGUCAAGAACUAUGUGGGAUGCUGGGCUGAAGGGAGUUGUAGUUUUCAUUAAGCAAAUAUUCGACCUAGUUCAGCGAGGAAAUGUGGUAAUUAACUGCAAUAACCACAAUCCAUUGCGCCAGUUUUUCCCGGCUUGAGAUGGAUCAGAGGAACAGGCAAAGCGAGAGGUUUCACUCUCACCAAAAUCUGUCCAAGAUAAGCCCAAUGCGUUCCGAUUGGCUUAUUUUGGAGUUGUAUAAAUAAAGGUUAAUCUUUUUUGUUGUUGUUGUUAAGCUUGUUGCCUGCCUUCCCGCCUUUGGGACAACGACUCCCAUUGUUAGGGCAUAGACAUGAGCAUCUCGUCAUUGUAUACAGAUCUCUGAACGGAUACACUUUUAUGCCUGCUAUGUUAGGUUAGAUACACACAGAACGCAUAAAACCACAUGAGAGAGGAAUGUGCAUAACAUAACAACGAGAGGGUCACGGACAGUUCGUGAAAGUAUAGCUUAUCUACUUUUAAGAACUAAUUAAAAGAUUUUAUCAGACAGCUCUGCAGCAUACUAUACUUAGGCAGGCUAGCUAAAUAGGAUGACUAAAGACACAGUAUGGGGAGCACAUAACGUUAGAUGGCCUGGCUGGCUGACUGCUACUGCCUGAACUGAGAUUUACUUUAAGGAAUGAAAAAUAAUAAAGUAAUUAAAUAACAACUAAGUAAUAUACACAACUGAAUAUUUGAUUAUUUCAUAGUAAUUUCCUAUUAUUCUGAUGUUCUGAUGUGGUCCCGUGUGGCUCAGUUGGUAGAGCGUGGUGUUUGCAAUGCCAGGGUUGUGGGUUUGAUUCCCACGGGGGACCAGUAUGGGAAAAGAAAUGUAUGCAUUCACUACUGUAAGUCGCUCUGGAUAAGAGCGUCUGCUAAAUGACUAAAAUGUAAAUGUAAUGUUUGAUGUGGACCUGACAGAGACAAUGGAAUAUGUUCAAUGUUUUGGCAAUUGAAUGUUCACUAUUUUUGGUUUUAGAAUUUCCAUUAAAAAGCUCUAAAGUAUUAUUUCAUAAUACAUUUCAUGUUUAAAAAAAUAAUCGAAACCGAAAUCAAAAACCGUGAUAAUUUUUUUUAUAAUCGAAACCGAACCAACCUCAAAAAGCACUAAUCACUCAACACUACAGCUGUUACACUAAAAGGGCAUUAUCAUAAUUUUCACAAUUUCACAGUAUUAUUCCAACCUCAUAGCGUGGAAAUAUAAAUAAAAGACAGAAAGAUGUAGUUUUUGACUGCACUGGGCCUUGAAUCAUUUUAAAGUGAAGAAUGACAUAAUAAAGUGUCAACAAGUACAACUUGGUUUCUAUAAAGACGAUUGUUAUUGAUGUGGGAGUCCUGUGCCUUUUGAAUUGGUUUGCCUUGUUUUGAUGUUGAAUGUGUGAAAUGCAUCAUUGUGUAAAUUGCCAUUGUAUUAUACAAAGCUGUCUGUUAUUGAAUAGACUGUGUGCACUUUUAGUACGGUAACACUACUGAGUAAAAAAACACUUGUGAUAAUGAACAGUAUUUUGAGAAGUAUCUCCUAAAAAAGACAAUAAUGCUAGACAUGUAUUUUUAUUUUGUCGUGAACCACUUUAACAGUUUCUGUUCAUCAACUUGUGUAUGCAUUUUGUUGUAAAUGUGUGUAUAAUGUAAAGGCAAAACAUUGAGACGAAGAUGACGGGGAUGAUGAUGGUGAUGAUGAUGAUGAUCGUAGUAGAGUAGUGUAAAGGUAAUCUGCUUGUAAUUAAUAAAUGUGGCUAUAAUUGUACAUUGCUAAAGUGA